CUAGUAUGAAUUUUUCUCCUACGAUAGGUCAGUAAAGAUAAAGUAUGAGACUUUAGAGAUUUGUAUAGGGUCCACAAAACUUCCCAGCUGGAUGAUAGUUUCAUAGGCUAUCCCUUUAACUCCACCCCUUCUUUUACAGCCUAUAUAUUCUUUUCAGAAUUUGUCAGGGAAUUACGAAAGCACUCAAAGUUGAGAACUAAGGGGCAAACAGAGAGGAGGAAAAGAAAAAGAAGAAAAAAGCUGUUUAGAAAGCAUGACAAUGGACAUCAUCCCAAGCUUAAGUGCCGGAAACUGGACACUCCUUAUUCUCUUCUUGACUCUCCUAUUUCUAUAUGGGACCUGGACACACAAGGUCUUUAAGGACCUGGGCAUUCCAGGACCAACACCUCUUCCUCUCUUUGGCAAUUUUCUUUCUUAUUCCAAAGGUGUGGCAAAUUUUGACAUGAUAUGUUUUAAAAAAUAUGGGAAAACCUGGGGGAUUUUUGAUGGCAGACAACCUAUUUUAGCCAUCACAGACCCAGAGAUCAUCAAAUCAGUUAUGGUAAAAGAAUGCUAUUCUGUCUUCACCAAUCGUCGGAGGUUUGGUCCAACAGGGAUUUUGGAGAGUGCUCUCUCAAUUGCUGAAGAUGACCAAUGGAAGAGGAUUCGAACAGUGUUGUCUCCAACAUUUACAAGUGGAAAACUCAAGGAGAUGUUUCCCAUCAUUAACCACUAUGGAGAUAUUUUAGUGAAGAACAUGCACAAAGAAGCAGAGAAGAGCAAGCUUGUAAGUCUGAAAGACAUUUUUGGGGCCUACAGUAUGGAUGUGAUUACCAGCACUUCAUUUGGUGUCAGCAUUGAUUCCUUGAGUAACCAGAAUGAUCCCUUUGUCAGAGAAAGCAAGAAAUUAAUGAGAUUCAGUAUUCUGGACCCAUUCUUACUUACAAUAAUGCUUUUUCCAUUCCUUGUUCCUUUGUUUAAAAAAUUGGAUCUAAGCAUAUUUCCAAAAGAGUCAAUCAACUUCUUAGCAAAAGCAGUUAAAAAAAUACAGGAAGAACGAAAGAAAAAUACGCAGAAGAACCGGGUAGAUUUCCUUCAGCUUUUGAUGGAUUCUCAAACUUCUAAAAAUUCAGAGACACACUCUUACAAAGAACUGAGUGAUGAGGAAAUCCUGGCCCAAUGCAUUAUAUUUCUUUUUGCUGGCUAUGAGACCACAAGCUCAGUCCUCUCCUUCCUUUUUUACAACCUGGCCACCCACCCUGAGAUCCAGGAGAAACUUCAGCAGGAGAUAGAUACAGUUUUGCCCAACAAGGAAGCAGUCACAUAUGAUGCCCUGGUACAGAUGGACUACCUAGACAUGGUGAUGAACGAAAAUCUCAGGCUGUUCCCCAUAGCUCUAAGGAUUGAAAGGGUUGCUAAGAAAACUGUUGAAAUCAAUGGACUUACAAUUCCAAAAGGGACAGUGGUGAUGACUCCAGUUUUUGUCCUUCAUCGUGACCCAGAACACUGGCCAGAACCAGAGGAAUUCCGCCCUGAAAGGUUCAGCAAGAAAAACAAGGAGAGCAUCAACCCCUAUGUAUACCUGCCCUUUGGUAUAGGUCCCCGAAACUGUAUUGGGAUGAGAUUUGCACUUAUGAGUAUGAAAGUUGCUACUAGCCGACUCCUGCAAGAAUUUUCCUUCAGAACUUGUAAAGAGACACAGGUUCCUCUAAAGUUGAGCAAACAGCCACUCCUUUCACCAGCUGUACCCAUUGUCCUGCAGCCUGUAAGAAGGAGCAAGAAGGCAAACCAACAUUAGCAAUACUCCAUCUCCUUCUACUCACCUCCUAGUGUCUAAAGCCACUGAAUCCUAGGAGCUCCAAAGUAACUUGAUUUACCUUGUGAUCCAAAAAAAGAAACAGAAGUUUUUCCCCUAAAAUCUGCCAACAAUGAGUAAUUAGGUAUUAUAAAUGGUCUUUUGGAGAUCUCUAUGUCUGAGGGCUAUUAUUUAAUGUUCAGUAGUAUAAAGUGUCACAUAUCCUUAUCCAGCUGAUCAUGGUGUAAAAUAAAUUACCCCCAAUAAAUUAGUGCCACUCGAUAUUACUAGGCUAUAGUUAUUCAAUGGAGAAACAUAGAGAAAACCAUGAAUUAAGUAUCUGUUCAUUAUUUUUAUCAACAAUAGUCCUUGACAAUUACAAUUAUACUGAAUAUAGUCAAAUUGGGGGGCAUGUUUCUUUUUUUAUUAUUUGGCAUUCAAUCAAAGCAAGCUAUUUUUCAAUUUCUGUUUUUUCCCCUAUUUUCCCCUUUUGUUGUUUUCUUUCAUGACUUGUCUACUAUACUAAUAUAUUUUCUAUGACUGAAUAUGUAUAACCUAUAUCAAAUUACUUCCUGUCUUUGGGGAGGGGGAAAGGUGGGGUAGGGAACAAGGACAUUUGGAACACAAAAUAAAAAAAAAUGAAUGUUAACAUUUACUUUUACUUGUAACUGGGGAAAAAUAAAAUAUCAUUUCUUUAAUAUUCUGCAUUGGACAACUGUGCUGCCAUAACCCAUAAAGUUAUUUCUGGAAGCCUCUUC